AUGGCUUUAUUGAACCGGCAGCGAUCAUUCGAUGGCCGCACCAGCCGUGCGUCCACCACCUCUGUACAGUCCAAAACACUUGCGCCUCAAACUACUCAAGGCUCUGGCGAUAUGUUGAAUGCCGCUGCUCCCGGAGUGCUUUCUAUGCUCAAAACAUCGACCGACGUUGGAGACGUAGGUGAGUUCUCGUACAACACGGGUCGUCUUCCAGCUGCUCUUCGCCCAACUCAUCAACGGAGAAACAACCCUUCUCGUCUCUCGAACUCAUCGAACCACUCUGCGUACACUUACAACACUGGUCACAGCCGUGUACCUUCUCAUGGAUCUAGGAAAGCUUCCAACGCCCAUAAUCCCCAGGGAUGGGAUGCCGUUUCAGCCAUGUCUGGCGGCACAGGCAACGGCACAGGUGGAAGACAUGGAUCUAUGGUCAGCCUCCAGACACUCGCAACAAUGCCACCCUACGACAACAGAGCACCUCCAAUGCCUCGAGGUCCCCCAAGAUCAUCACCCUACGGACCCCCAUAUGCUCAAGACGGCCGCUCCUAUUCCUUGACUCAGUCUCACCAUGUCCCUUCGCUCAAGCCAGCCAAGUCUGUGACAAGUCUAAGAAGCCAGGGCGGCGGGCAAUUCCAGCCUCCGCGUCCCCCAUUCGCGUAUCCCCCAAGACACAAGCGUCCUGGUUUCCGGACCCCUUCUCCGGCUUUGAGCGACUACACUGGCGGUACACACCAAGCCUUAUACAACCAAGUCCAUCCAUUCGAGACCGAUCAGAAGUAUCCAGGCGAGCAGCCUUCGACCUACUACGGUCNNCCAACGAACCCACGUAUCAUCCUCACCCCACUCAAACCCAAGAGUCGUAUCAGGUCCCCUCAUCAGGUCGAAGCUNACGGUCCAGCGGCCGGCAGAGGUAUGCAUCGACCCACUAUGCCAAUGUACACUGGAGACUAUCCCUAUGGCGCACCGCCUGGACCAAGAUGCUCAAACCAGCAGCAGCCCACGAUGCCCUUUCCUAUGCAGCCCAACUUCCAGGAGUCCCACUACUACGGUCAGUACGGCCCUCCAGUCCAUGCUUUACCUUCGCUAGGUUAUGAGUCAACAUCGAGACUGGGCACCCCAGGAUUGGACGCUAUGCCCUCGUCUUCGAGACAGGGCUCCUCAUCUCCACGAUCGCUGAAUCCGCCCACACCCAGAGAUACGACUACGGUUCAGACCAUGAUUGACCCGACAGUCCCUCAGCCCGCUCUCAGCGAGCUUCCAGAAGAGCACUCUGAGUACAAGAGUGUUCAGAGCUAUCUCAGAUACACAGAGCAAUCCACUAUGUACGAACUCGACGCUUCCCAGCCUGCUGCUGUCGAACUCGAAGCAGAUACACCUACUGCCAAACGAACCGGACUCGUGCAGCGCAUCAGGAACUUGCUUGAAGAUCGUGCUGCAAGUCAAGAACAUCUAUCGUCUAGUCAAAACCAAUCUCAGCAGGAUGUCUCGAAGCUCGUCGUCCCACAGCCAUUCCAAAGUCUAAGACAAGAGCCUACCGAGCUUUCGGCCAGCAAACGAUCAUCUGUGCACGAACCUGUUGAGCUUGAUGUUCCUCCCAGAAUCACAAGACAGUUAAUUCAAGCCAACACUGCACCGUCGUCCUCUGAGCACAAUACAACAACGUCGCUUGCUCCUGAGGAAACGGUCAAAGCAACCCACGACCACAAGAUCAGUGAAAGACCUCCAACAUCUUCCAGAGAAGAUCCAGACAAUGGCCUCGGUGAAAAGACUGACCAUGGACUGUUCUUCAACUAUUCGGACAACCAAACAUCUGUUUCUUCCUCGCAACCCAAUAGAGCAGGAUUUGGUGUGCAAAUUACGUUGUCGGAGCCACUCUCUUCGUCUGAGACCACCGAUCAACUUAUGACGAACACCGAUGACAGGACAAAGCAAGUCAGUGACGAUCUACAGAGUGGUGGUGUCAGUCCGUUACGCCCUGAUGAAAGAGUGGUCAGAGAUUCGAUCGUCAGUCCUAUGGCUACUCAGACUCUGCAUAUCACUGCUGUUCAAGAGCAACUCAAGGUCCCAGACCUGCAAUCCAAGACCACGGAAGGUUCACCACCUGAUCGCUUGUCAAGACAGACUUUCGAUACCACAGAAAUGACUUCUGGUCUAUCUUUGCCGACAGGACCGUGUCAAACUUUCGAGGCCAGUCCGUCGUCAAACCAUGUCACGGAUGUUGCUAUCAAAUUCUCCAUACCACGCUCAUCUGACCACGGCAGAGCUCAACUGGUAAACCUCAGCAAUUUGUCUGAUACUCCUUCUCAAACUUCGAUGGAAAUUAAGAAGGCUCGUUCUGUUGAAGACAACAGCUUGCAGAGUUUCUCUCUAUCGAGCAUCGAGAAGGUAGCUCCACUUCGAAUUAGAAGGAUGGAAAGCUUCUUGCCUGUUGCCACAGGUACUGAAGGGACGGACCUUUCUUCGUUCAUCCGUCGCUCGUUCCCUCGCAAGCGAUCGAUGUGGACCACUGCGCAACCUGAUCCCAACAGAUCGUCUUGCGAUUCGACAACCGAUCUCGGAACGGUGAUGUUCAAGACGCGCCCUGGCUAUCUACCUGAUCUCAACGAAGAUUCCAAGGAAGACAUUAGCACCAGGAACACCAAGUCUUCAUAUACCGGCUUGAGGCUCUCCAACACGCCUUCGUUACGUCUCAAGCCUUCUCGUGAUGCUGUGAGACGUUCGGAAGAAACGACACAGCAAAGCUAUCUGUCACCUCGUCCUCCCAGGAUGUCGCUCUCAGAGCUGAGAGAAAUUCCUUCUCUAAACUUCAGCCGAAUGGAUCUUUUCCUCAAAUUAAACGAAGAACUUGAAACACACAUAUCUCGCUCAUCAAAGUCUUUGGCCGGGGUCAGAGGAGAGAGGAGAUCCGGCACUCGCCGCUCACCACUGCAGCAACCGGCAUCGACUGACCAUAUACGUGAGAGAUACACGAGUUUCUUCACCAGCCCCGAAGACUCCGAGCUACUCGAACACUCCGAUGUUGAAGCCUUUGAUACGCAUGAUCCAUCUCAAGCACUUCAAGAAAAGAACCAGAACGAUGCAGACAUUGUGUCCAACAAGUCUUUUGCUCGUUCACUCAGACCAAUGUCUACAGAACAGAUGUUGGGCAUGGCUUCAGAGGUCAGUCGUCUACCUGUACCUUCCGUAGCCGCUCUUUCAGAGCGCUUGUCUACGCUGCUGCCUACUAUCAGACAUCUGCAUAUCGACUGCGCUCCUGUAGACCAGACGGCAAUGAAUGACGCCAUUGAUAGAAUCCAUCAUCUUGGACAGCCUGGAGGUGAAGCUGCUCCACUUCUGAGGUCCUCAACAGGCCUUUAUCAGCUAGCCGCAAUCGCAGACAAUAUUGCAACAAACGGCACUCAUGACUCUGCCUUCCUCGAAAUCCAGAAGAGCGGCCGACUGAUGAAAGAGCUACCCCCGCUGCCAGAGGAUAGCGAAAAGUUCUCGUUGAGCGAUUCUGGUCUUGAUCGUAACACUACACUCAUCACUGAGGGCGUGACAAGCACUUCAGACCUUGAGCCACCAAAGCCUUCCCUGCUCCGUGGAAAAUCUCUUAGUGUCAUCAACAACCAAAGCGAGGACUUGCAUCCUGGAUUUGCUUCCAGACAUUCUCUCGUACUAUCAACACAGAACACGAGACCUUGGAAUCUUGACGAGAACUACCCUUGGUGUGGCAACAGCCCGGGCAUCAAGAUCGACUUUCCUACGCCAGUGCUUCGUCGUCACUCUUCCCCACCCAAGCUCGUUCACAGACAAAGUCGAGAGUCCAUCAAGACCAAAAGCGAAACAGAGGAGACUCUGGAUCCAGACAGUACUCUCCCUUCUUCACCUAUGGUUUCGAACAGCGAGACCGUCACUCCUACUGUUUUGACCCUCCACGAUCGCAAAUCGUCCAAAAAAUCCCUGAUCGGAUCUUUGUCUCGCCGCAUCGGAUUGAGCACACGCGUGCAAUCUGGUGCUGUUGCUCGAGAAGGUGCUCUUGCCGGAAGAGCAAGUCCCGGCGACAGGUAUCCAUCCACUAGCUUGCAGUCACCGCAAACAAUGAACAUAGAAGACGUGCGGUCUUUCUUCUCGGACUCGACAGAAGAAGAACAUGAUGGUGAGCAACGUGGUUCAUUCCGCAAGCAAAUCACAUCAUUCCGGGACAAAUCAUCGAAAGCACCAAACGGACAUGUUUCUGUCCCUUACACACAGUCUUUGGACGUUCACCGAGGCCGUUCUCUGGAUCAGUACGGACGACCUUCGAACGUUCGUACGACUGGCUCACUCUUUGACGACCGCUUCACCGAACCUAUCACGCCUCAGAACUACGAUGGCAUGGUCGGUAUGGGUCGAGUUGAGUUUCGUGUGAAGCGUGUCGCUGAACGCUUAAGACAUAUCUGGUUAAAGGGCGGCGAAAUGAUUCGUUCCCUUAGCCAGCGCCGUCGCCAGACCAAGAGACAACACAGGGAAAGGGAUGUUGAGUUCGACAAUUGGCUUGCGGACAGCCUUUACUCUCGUGAUUGA